AUGUCGACCAUCCUUUAUUCUCUCGUUUCAGCACUUUUGCUUUCCAAUGGCGCUUUUGCUGUCGGUACGCCUUUUGGCUAUGCGGCCGGUACCACCGGUGGUGGGUCCGCGUCCCCGGCUGUACCUUCCUCGACUGCGCAACUCGUCAGCUGGCUCGGCGAUAGUACCCCUCGUGUGAUCCUGCUUGACAAGACGUACGAUUUUACCGACUCCGAGGGCUCAGUGACUGCCAAAGCUUGUAAGCCUUGGACUUGCUCUCCCAACCCUCAACUGGCGAUUGAUGCCAACGAAUGGUGCGAGCAUUACGAACCCAAUGCGGCCAUGACUACCGUUACCUAUAAGAAAGCUGGUACUACUGCCAUAAAAGUCGCAUCGAAUAAGACCUUGUUGGGCAAGGGAACCGCCGGAGCAAUCAAGGGGAAGGGUCUUCGUAUUGCUGGUGGCAGCAAUAUCAUCAUCCAGAACAUCCGCAUAUCUGAUAUCAAUGCCCAAUUCGUCUGGGGAGGUGAUGCUAUUAGCAUUGACGGCGGUAGCAAAAUCUGGUUCAAGAAUGUUGGUCGACAGUUUAUUGUGACUGGCUAUGGGGCAGCCAAGUCAAUCACUAUUUCUGACAAUGUCUUUGAUGGCGCCAGCACCUAUUCUGCGACGUGCAACGGGCGUCACUACUGGGCUUUGCUCUUCACAGGUGCUUCGGAUUCAAUUACUCUCGCUCGCAACUACCUGUACCAGACUUCUGGCCGAGGCCCCAAGCUAGGUGGAACUAGCGGCUACUCUCAGUCGGUUCACAUUUACAAUAACUACUUUGUUGACAUUUCUGGCCACGCUUUGGAUGCUGGUGUCGGGUCCAAUGCUCUUGUGGAGGGCAACUACUUCAACAAGGUCACCGAGCCAUCAACAUCCGGGACUCAAGGAUCUGUGUUUGCUCCCAAUGAUGCUACCACCGCCGCUCAAUGCAGCUCUCAUAUUGGCCGUAAAUGCGUUGCCAACACUUUGCUUUCAUCCGGCACUCCCAACCGGAAAGAGACUGGAGGAGUUUCUACUUUCAAGGGUGUGUCUGCGGUUACUGGCGCAACAGUUAUGGAGUCCUCACAAGUUGGGACCUACGUACAAGCUCAUGCUGGGCUUGGCAAGGUCAAUUAA